AGGCUGCAGCAGCCGCCGGUAGCCGGGGUGCCCAGCCUCCUAGCUCGGAGGUCGCGGGGGGCGGGGAGGAUGCCGCAACUGCAGUCCGAGCGGCGGAGCCCGGCCGCCUAGCUCCCCGGCCCCCGCAACCGCGGUGGGGCGCAGCGCGCGCCACGGGCCGGGCGGAGCUAGAGGCGGGCGUCUGCACAGCGUCGCGCCACCCGCGGUUGCCCGCCUUUGGCCGGGCCCGGGACCCCGUAGCGGCCGAUGCCCUGACGGUGGGCGCAGCUGCGGGGCUGGCGAGGCGCCGCGCGUGGGGAGAGGCCUAAGACACCCCGACUGCGGCGGCUGCGCCCACCCGAUCGGGACGCGGGGCCCCGCGGGUGCGCGCCUCGGAGCUCCCGCCUCCUCCCCUUGCUCCUCCUCGGCGUACGGUCCUCCCCUGACCCCUCCUUCCACCCGCCGAGAGGAUGCGCUCCCCGGCGCCCAGCAGCAGAGGCCACCGCUCCCAGAAAUGCAUGCGCCCGAUCCCCUUCUCCCGGAUCCCAGGAGCCGGCGCCCCCGCCCUGUAGGGUUAUGACUCACUGAUUAAAAAGAGGGACUUUUUCAAAUACUUUGCACUUUUGAUUGUGUAUUAUGGAUACCAAGGAAGAGAAGAAGGAACGGAAACAAAGUUACUUUGCUCGAUUGAAAAAGAAAAAACAAGCCAAACAAAAUGCAGAGACAGCCUCAGCUAUAGCUACAAGGACUCAUACUGGGAAGGAAGAUGCUAAUACAGUAGUUUUAGAGCCAGACAAGUGCAACAUUGCUGUGGAAGAGGAAUAUAUGACUGAUGAGAAAAAAAAGAGAAAAAGUAAUCAGUUAAAGGAGAUCAGGCGUACAGAACUAAAGAGAUAUUAUAGUAUUGAUGACAAUCAAAACAAAACACAUGAUAAAAAAGAGAAGAAGAUGGUGGUUCAGAAGCCCCAUGGGACUAUGGAAUACAUUGCUGGAAACCAGGACACCCUAAACUCCAUAGCACUGAAAUUUAACAUCACUCCCAAUAAAUUGGUGGAACUAAAUAAACUUUUCACACAUACUAUUGUUCCAGGCCAGGUCCUUUUUGUACCAGAUGCCAACUCUCCUUCCAGUACCUUAAGGCUAUCGUCAUCCAGUCCUGGUGCUACUGUCUCUCCUUCAUCAUCAGACGCAGAAUAUGAUAAAUUGCCUGAUGCUGACUUAGCACGAAAGGCCUUAAAACCCAUUGAAAGAGUCUUAUCAUCUACUUCUGAAGAAGACGAGCCAGGUGUGGUGAAAUUUUUAAAAAUGAAUUGUCGAUACUUCACCGAUGGAAAGGGUGUGGUUGGCGGUGUCAUGAUAGUGACUCCUAACAACAUCAUGUUUGACCCUCAUAAGUCCGAUCCUCUGGUUAUUGAAAAUGGGUGUGAGGAGUAUGGUCUCAUCUGCCCCAUGGAAGAGGUUGUUUCCAUUGCGCUCUACAAUGACAUUUCUCACAUGAAGAUCAAAGAUGCCUUGCCAUCGCCUGGAGAAUGGGAAGACCUGGCUUCAGAAAAGGAUAUCAACCCAUUCAGUAAGUUCAAAUCUAUCAACAAGGAAAAACGACAGCAGAAUGGAGAGAAAAUUCUGACUUCGGAUUCCAGACCAACGGUACCUUUGGAGAAGUCCACGGAACAUACACCUACAAAGCCCUCAGGCAGCUCUGUGUCAGAGAAAUUAAAGAAACUGGACUCCUCUAGGGAGACAUCCCAUGGCUCUCCCACAGUGACUAAGCUCAGCAAGGAACCUUCCGACACUUCUGCUGCAUUUGAAUCUACAGCCAAAGAAAACUUUCUAGGGGAAGAUGACGAUUUUGUUGACUUGGAAGAACUUUCUUCUCAAACUGAUGGUGGAAUGGACAAAAAAGACACCUCGAAGGAGUGCCUUUCUCUUGACCCAGAGGAACGAAAGAAAGCUGAGUCACAAAUAAACAAUUCUGCCGUGGAAAUGCAGGUGCAGUCAGCCCUAGCCUUUUUGGGAACAGAGAAUGAUGUUGAACUGAAGGGGGCGCUAGAUUUAGAAACCUGUGAGAAGCAAGAUAUAAUGCCGGAAGUGGACAAGCGGUCUGGUUCGCCAGAAAGCCGAGUAGAAAACACACUGAACAUACAUGAAGAUUUAGAUAAAGUUAAACUCAUUGAAUAUUACCUAAAUAAGAACAAAGAAGGGCCACAGGUAUCUGAAAAUUUGCAGAAAACAGAAUUAAGUGAUGGAAAAACUAUUGAACCAGGGGGAAUAGACAUUACCCUUAGUAGUUCUCUUUCCCAGGCAGGUGAUCCCGUAACUGAGGGCAAUAAAGAGCCAGAUAAGACCUGGGUGAAAAAGGGAGAGCCCCUCCCGGUAAAACUGAACUCUUCUACAGAAGCAAAUGUGAUUAAAGAGGCUCUAGACUCCUCUUUGGAAUCUACUCUGGACAACAGCUGUCAAGGUGCACAAAUGGAUAAUAAAUCUGAAGUUCAGUUGUGGCUGUUAAAGAGAAUUCAGGUACCCAUUGAAGAUAUACUUCCUUCAAAAGAAGAAAAAAGCAAGACCCCACCCAUGUUCCUGUGCAUCAAAGUGGGAAAACCAAUGAGAAAAUCCUUUGCCACUCACACUGCAGCCAUGGUCCAGCAGUACGGCAAACGGAGAAAGCAGCCAGAGUACUGGUUCGCUGUUCCUCGGGAGAGGGUGGAUCAUUUGUACACAUUCUUUGUUCAGUGGUCUCCCGAUGUCUAUGGGAAAGAUGCCAAAGAGCAAGGCUUUGUGGUGGUGGAGAAGGAAGAACUGAACAUGAUUGACAACUUCUUCAGUGAGCCAACAACCAAGAGCUGGGAGAUCAUCACUGUUGAGGAGGCAAAGCGCAGGAAGAGCACAUGCAGCUACUAUGAAGACGAGGACGAGGAGGUGCUGCCUGUCUUACGGCCCCACAGCGCACUCCUGGAGAAUAUGCACAUCGAGCAGCUGGCCCGACGCCUUCCUGCAAGGGUGCAAGGGUAUCCAUGGAGACUGGCCUAUAGCACGUUAGAGCACGGGACCAGCUUAAAGACACUCUACCGGAAAUCGGCAUCACUAGACAGUCCUGUCCUAUUGGUCAUCAAAGAUAUGGAUAAUCAGAUUUUUGGAGCAUAUGCAACUCAUCCAUUCAGGUUCAGUGACCACUAUUAUGGCACAGGCGAAACUUUUCUCUACACAUUCAGCCCUCAUUUCAAGGUCUUUAAGUGGAGUGGAGAAAAUUCAUAUUUUAUCAAUGGAGACAUAAGUUCUUUAGAACUUGGUGGUGGAGGGGGACGAUUUGGUUUAUGGCUAGAUGCUGAUUUAUACCACGGACGAAGCAACUCUUGCAGCACUUUCAAUAAUGAUAUUCUUUCCAAAAAGGAAGACUUCAUAGUUCAGGAUCUGGAGGUGUGGGCAUUUGAGUGAAAUUCAGACUGCCUUAAAAUAUAACAUUAAAAAGACUGGGCUCAAUCAGCCCUCCUAAAGCUGGCUGGAAAAAGAAGCUCCAGCCCAGGCUGCCUCAUCCCACCCCAAUGCUUCCUUUCUGCCAUCAUCUCAGAGCAUGAUCACAUUGCAGAAAGAUUCUGGAAGGUCCAUGUGGAGGGCAGAUGCUGAAGAAAGAAACUUAAAAUCCAGAUUGUUGAAAAGACUUUGUACUUCCACUUCCUUCAAAUCCAUACAGUGAGGAAUCAGAGUGUUUAUAGAUAUAUGAGUUGAAUGCAAUUUUUAUUUUUGGUAACUGUGAAAAAAAAGAUACUGUGGAUAUAUACAUGCCUUGUGUAUUUAUCAGCAUAAUUUUCAUUACCAAAAUGUACAGCUAUUAUUUGCCAUGGAAAAGGUUAGUGUCAUUUAGAAAAAUCGAAAGUGCACAGCACUUAAAGGGAAUAUAUGAGGUUUUUUUUUAAAAAAAAAACUUUUAUUUAUUAUUUGUAGUAUAUUGUCUGAAAUGUGUAGGCAGUUUUUUUUUCUUUUAGUGUGUCAAAUCUUGAAAUAUUAAAUGUAUACAUUUUGUGCUAUGUUUUGGGAACAAAUCUGUUUGAUUUAUGUAGUUUUAUAUUGAAUUUUUUUUGCCCUGAUUGUUUAGGGUGAUAGUUCUUAAGCAGCAUAUAUCUAUAUAUCUGUAUGUGGAUAUAUAGAGAUAUAUGUGUGUGUGUAUGUAUAUGUACAUAUACAUAUAUAUGAGUGUAUAAUUCUAAAUUUCUAAAAACUCAUUAUGAAUGUUCAUCAAUUUGACUAUUAUAGGCCAGCUUUCCAUUUAGUCAAUAAAAGGGUACAUUUUUAGUUACUUACCUUGAACAUAUACAUGUGAAAAAGAAUACAUCAUUUCUCACAGUCUUAAGUUGAUAUUUAUAGAAAUGAAUACCUUUGUGAACCUAGACUUAGAACAAAUCCUGCUUUUGAAAAAAAAUGUUUUGCUUCUUAUAAAAUCAUUUGUGUUAAUAACAAAAUCUUUAUUUUCGGAGUGUUCUUUGUAUAACUUUUCCAAGCUUUUACAUUAACGAGCAGGCCUCUGUCUUAAAAGGGACUCAGUAUAUUAAUUUCUGCACUUUUUAAAUCAAAUGAAAAAUGUCAAAUUGGACCAAUUGUCUUGGUUUCUAGACUUAUUUGAGAAAAAAACAAUACAAAGAAAUACAUUCAUAUCAAAAUUGGAAUAGAAAGGAAAACCUAUUUUUAAGAUAUCAACCUAUUUUCACAUCAUAAAACAUCUAUUACAUAAAAUAAAGGGCCAGGCAUAGUGGCUGUUGCCUGUAAUCCCAGCACUUUGGGAGGCUGAGGCAGGUGGAUCACUCAAGGUCACAAGUUUGAGACCAGUCUGGCCAACAUGGUGAAACCCCGUCUCUACUAAAAGUACAAGAAUUAGCCGACUAUGUGGUGGGCACCUGUAAUCUCACCUACUUGGGAGGCUGAGGCAGGAGAAUUGCUUGAAUCUGGGAGGCGGAGGUUGUAGUGAGUCAAGAUCGUGCCACUGCACUCUAUCCUGGGUAACAGCGAGACUCUGUCUCAAUAAUAAUGAUAAUAAUAAUAAAGACUUACUUAACCAAUAUUAUUGAUUACCAGACUUCUAUGAAAGCCAAAGACUGCUUGCUAGUAGGAAAAAAUUUCAAAUAAUAGCCAAAGCUGAAAAAUGGUCUGUCAUAAAUUAUUUCCCCAGUAAUUUUUGAAAGGAAAAAUGUAUAACAAGUACUAUUUACAUAUCUGCAUUUAAAAAAGCAAUUCUUAGAAUAUUUCCCUUACAUUAUUCUGCUAUUUUAGACAAUUUGUAAAAGAGAACAAAUUGUCCAGUGGCCUCCUGUCAGAUCAACAAUUAUUAUACUCCUUAAUUCCAUGCAAAUUUAAAUGAAUGCUAUAAAAUUUUAAAUCUGUAGCCUGGGUGUACGUUUCACUCAAGUUCUCCUACUGAGAACUCUUGACUAACAGCAUACUGGCAGUUUCACCUUAACCUGCUUGUUAAAUAAUGUGUUGGUGUGAGAUAUCAGGAAUGUCUCAUGAUAUCACAUUUACCAUUUACACCAUCUGCAACCAUAUGCUUUUAAUAAAAUGGAAAAAAACAAAAUGGUCAUUUUGCAUAUACUUCACUCUGACCUAGUUUAGUCCAUGAUACUAUAAUUGUGAGAGCAUAUCCAGAUGCUGUGUUCUCUAUGUAAAACAGUAUUGUCCAUUCAGAAAUGUGUGACCCUUCAUUUAUGGAUAUUGACUAUAUGUAAUGCAGUGCUAUCCCAAUAUUUUCAAUAAAGGACUUUAUGCAUUCAGUGA